AAAGUUGCUAUACCGACCGAGUUAUUAAAUUGAGUUACGUCCACUGCUCAAAGAAGCGCUAGUUUCGUUUAAAAAAUCAUUCGUAAUCAUUCGUAAAAAAUUGUAAAAAAAAUUUUGCUUGUAAUGGAGACAUAACCUCAUGAAUGCUCAUGAAUAUUCCAGUCAAGCUUCGGUUUUUUGUCAAAUAAAUUAAACAAUAUUAUUUAGAAAAUAUUGUUUAUAAAAUGCCGGACCAUUUAGGAGGUGAUAUGCGAAAGAUCAAAGAGGAGGAAAAAGAAGAAAAAGAAAUUAAAUCCCUUGAUGAUGGAGAUAUUGCAUUAUUAAAAACUUAUGGACAAGGACAAUACACAACAAGUAUAAAAGCUGUAGAGGAAGGUAUACAAACAGUUAUGAAAAGAGUCAAUGAAAUAACUGGUAUCAAAGAAUCAGAUACUGGUUUAGCACCACCAGCAUUAUGGGAUCUUGCUGCUGAUAAACAAACAUUACAAAAUGAACAGCCAUUACAAGUUGCAAGAUGUACUAAAAUAAUAAAUGCCGAUUCAGAUGAUCCAAAAUAUAUUAUAAAUGUUAAACAAUUUGCAAAAUUUGUUGUUGAUUUGGCUGAUUCAGUUGCACCAACUGAUAUUGAAGAAGGUAUGCGUGUUGGUGUUGAUCGUAAUAAAUAUCAAAUACAUAUUCCAUUACCACCAAAAAUUGAUGCAACUGUAACAAUGAUGCAAGUUGAAGAAAAACCAGAUGUUACAUAUAGUGAUGUUGGUGGAUGUAAAGAACAAAUUGAAAAACUUCGUGAAGUUGUUGAAACACCACUUUUACAUCCUGAAAAAUUUGUAAAUCUUGGUAUUGAACCACCAAAAGGUGUACUAUUAUUUGGACCACCAGGUACUGGUAAAACACUAUGUGCUCGUGCUGUUGCAAAUCGUACUGAUGCAUGUUUCAUUCGUGUUAUUGGAUCUGAGCUGGUACAAAAAUAUGUUGGUGAAGGAGCAAGAAUGGUUCGUGAAUUAUUUGAAAUGGCUAGAAGUAAAAAAGCUUGUUUAAUAUUUUUUGAUGAAAUUGAUGCUAUUGGUGGUGCUCGUUUUGAUGAUGGAGCUGGUGGUGAUAAUGAAGUUCAACGUACAAUGUUGGAAUUGAUUAAUCAACUUGAUGGGUUUGAUCCACGAGGUAACAUCAAAGUGUUGAUGGCAACAAAUAGACCAGACACAUUGGAUCCAGCUUUAAUGAGACCUGGACGUCUUGAUAGAAAAGUUGAAUUUGGAUUACCAGAUCUUGAGGGAAGAACACAUAUAUUUAAAAUUCAUGCAAGAUCAAUGAGUGUAGAACGUGACAUUAGAUUUGAAUUAUUAGCACGUUUAUGUCCAAAUAGUACUGGUGCUGAAAUACGAUCAGUUUGUACUGAAGCUGGUAUGUAUGCUAUACGUGCAAGACGUAAAGUUGCUACUGAAAAAGAUUUUCUUGAUGCUGUUAGCAAAGUUAUUAAAUCUUAUGCUAAAUUUUCAGCAACACCUAAAUAUAUGACUUACAAUUAAAUAUUAAAAAUUAAUAAUACAUUUUUUUUUUCUUUUUUUUUCGUUUUUUAUUAUUAAUUAAUGAUUUUUCAUUUUAUGGAAAAAUAUAUAUCCCAAUUUUCAUUCUGUAUUAAUCAAUUUGAGAAAUAUUAUUAAAAACUUUUAAAAUAAAGUAAAAAAAAAAAAGUAACAAG